UAUGUCUACGUCACGCCCCUCCCACGUUCUGUCAGAUUCAAGAUGGCUGCUGGGGACUACAGCGGCAGGCCUCCCUGCCUACAUUUCUCCGGCCCAGGGCCUUUGGGAAAUGGCCAGCCCAGCAACAGUGGUUAUUCAAUUCCUACGUCCAACGGUGGGCCCGCUGGUGCGGCCGGAGGGGUUCAGGGGGCUGCAAGGCGCCCCAACCCGCAGUCGGGGCCUGGCGGAGGCGAAAGCGCCGGUGUUGCAGCUGGAACUCCACCGACCGUGCAGAACUCGAUUCAGCAAGCGUCAGCUCAAAGCACCGCGGCAGGGGCGGCCUCCGGAGCGAUGGCGACCUCCGCUACGAACUUGACUGCGAGUGCAGCAUCGAAUGUGUCCGCUGCGAGUGUACCAGGGACCCAUUCCUCACUGUCGUCAGCACCAGCGGCCGCCGCUGUUUUGGUUUACAGGGAGCCCGUGUACAACUGGCAGGCGACGAAAAGCACCGUAAAGGAACGAUUUGCUUUCCUGUUCAAUAACGAAGUUCUGAGUGACGUUCAUUUUCUGGUGGGGAAAGGUAUGGGAGUGCAACGAAUACCCGCACACAGGUUCGUUCUUGCUGUGGGCAGCGCAGUCUUCGAUGCCAUGUUCAAUGGGGGUAUGGCGACCACCUCAACGGAAAUCGAGUUGCCAGAUGUCGAACCUGCUGCCUUUCUGGCAUUACUGAAGUUCCUGUACUCUGAUGAGGUCCAGAUAGGGCCUGAGACGGUGAUGACCACUCUGUACACGGCUAAGAAGUAUGCAGUGCCGGCCUUGGAGGCCCACUGUGUGGAGUUCCUCAAGAAGAACCUGCGGGCUGACAAUGCCUUCAUGCUACUCACUCAGGCCCGACUGUUCGAUGAGCCCCAGCUUGCCAGCUUGUGUCUAGAGAACAUUGAUAAGAAUACCGGAGAUGCACUCGCAGCUGAGGGUUUCACUGACAUAGAUCUGGAUACUUUAGUGGCUGUGCUGGAGCGGGACACUCUGGGGGUGAGGGAGGUGCGUUUAUUUGUUGCGGCGGUGCGCUGGGCAGAGGCAGAGGCCCACCGGCAGCAGCUACAGCCCACCCCAGAGAACAAACGCAGGGUCCUGGGCAAGGCCCUUGCCCUCAUCCGCUUCCCACUCAUGACUAUCGAGGAGUUCGCCGCAGGGCCGGCCCAGUCUAGUAUCCUGACAGACAGGGAGGUGGUGAGUCUGUUCCUUCACUUCACAGUGAACCCGAAGCCCCGCGUGGAGUUCAUCGACCGGCCUCGCUGCUGCCUCCGGGGGAAGGAGUGCAGCAUCACACGCUUCGGACAGGUGGAGAGCCGCUGGGGCUACAGCGGGACCAGUGACCGCAUACGGUUUUCAGUGAACAGGAGGAUCUUCGUGGUGGGCUUUGGCCUCUACGGCUCCAUACACGGCCCCACAGACUACCAAGUCAACAUCCAGAUCAUUCACACAGACAGUAACACAGUGCUGGGUCAGAACGACACAGGCUUCAGCUGUGAUGGCUCAUCCAACACCUUCAGAGUCAUGUUCAAGGAGCCGGUGGAGAUCCUACCCAACGUUAACUACACAGCCUGCGCCACACUCAAGGGUCCUGACUCUCACUAUGGGACCAAGGGCAUGCGUAAGGUGACCCACGAGUCGUCCUCCACCGGCACCAAGACAUGCUUCACCUUCUGCUACGCUGCGGGAAACAACAACGGCACCUCGGUAGAGGACGGACAGAUCCCUGAAGUCAUCUUCUACACCUAGUCCCCUCUGACCUCACCCUGACCUCAUGACCUCAGAGCGCACGGGGUCACUGGACUGCUGAGAGACUCUGGCCCUGUUUGAAUAUGUAACAAAUGCCUAUCUACCCCCUGUGGCCCUUCCUUAGUCUCUCUGAUCCUACAUGAUUGUUGAAUGUUCGGUGGAAGCCACGCACCCAGUUCUGUGAGAGUGUUGAGGUCACAGAGGGAGGGGUGAAGGAGGCAUUUGUCAACUAUUGGAACAUGUUCUUUAUCUCUCUCUCUCAACUCCCUCUUCCAUUUCCCACCGACCGUGGAGAGGGGUUUGUUUGAUGUUGAGGAGUGAUGUCGGCUUGUUUUACUUGUUACUUUGACAACCGUCUUGUCCGCUGAGAGAGGGAGGACUGGGCCUCUAUACUGUGGUUCCUGGGGUUAAGACCCAGAAAGAACUGGGGGAAGAGUCUUAAACUGGUCAGAACUGGUCUUAACCAUUGACUCUUACUUGGGGAAAAGGUGGAAAGCUUGACGUGUGUUUACAGAACCACCUCUUGUAUGGUCUGUCUGUAGCUAAAAGCAUAUGUGGGAGUGAGAUGCAUCCAGCUACUCUAAUGCAGGGCUGCCUAACCCUCUUCCUGGAGAGCUACUGUCCUAUAGGUUUUCAGUCCAACCCUAAUUGAUCAUAUCUGAUUCAGCUAGU